AUGCUGGCUUCCACGAUCUUGGGAGCAGCUGUCUUGUAUACCUUGUUUGUUCUUCUAUACCGCUUUGUAAUCGCGCCUGUGUUUGUCUCUCCACUGUCCAAGAUACCAGCAGCUCAUCCAACCUCGUCAUUGAGUCCCGCAUGGAUAUUGUGGACACGAUGGCGUGGCAGAGAGAAUGCAACGGUUCUUGCUGCGCACGAACGGCUUGGUCCUCUGGUUCGACUGGGUCCUAGCGAGAUAAGUGUGAAUUGUGUGAACGGAGGCAUCAGAACGGUUUACACAGGAGGAUUCGAGAAGGGCGCAUGGUACUCCAACGCUUUCUCAGCAUAUGGAGGGGUACACAACAUGUUCUCCAUGGAGAAGCGAGACGUACACUCAGCGCGCAAACGCAUGAUCAGUAACGUCUACGCCAAAUCGUCCCUACAAGCCUCGCCAGCACUCCGCGGAAUCAGCGAGACGAUUUUGUGCCGGCGCAUGCUUCCCAGGAUCGCCGCUGCCCCUGGAGGUGUAUUGGAAGCCUACGAACUCUUUUCCGCUGUGACUCUGGAUGUCGUGACCGCGUACAUCUUUGGUCUUCAGCAAGGUUCCAACUUCACCGACCACCCAGAAGUUGGCGCAAAAUGGCUUCAUGACUACAAGAGUCGCCAGCCGUACCUGUUCUGGAUCCAAGAGAUGCCAAAUGUGUUCCAACUCUUUUCAAAGCUUGGUCUUGGUCGAUGGUUGAUCCCGGACUGGGUGGGUAGAAAGAGCGUGGCUAUCGAGGAACAAUGCUUGGAGUGGUGUGAUGCCGCGGAAGCUGCAAUACUGUCAGGAAAAGCUGCAGAAUCUGCUCGUUACCAUCCCACUGUCUAUGGUCAACUGCGAAGCAUGCUUGAGAAGCAGGACAUGGUGGAAAAACAGAACAACCAGCUCAGCCAAGAACAGAGGCUGGACCUAGCUUCUGAGAUGUUGGACCAUCUUGCCGCUGGCUUCGAUACGUCUGGAAUCACACUGACCUACCUGGCGUGGGAGCUCAGUCGUCCACACAACGUCGCGAUACAAUCAGCACUGCGGAAAGAGCUGCUCUCGCUACGCCUAGCAUACUCUACCACGAGUUCGAAGUCCGCCACGUUUUUGCCGUCCUCGAAGGAACUCGACGACCUUCCGUUGCUUCACGCAGUGGUGAUGGAAACUCUUCGUCUCCAUGCCGCAAUCCCAGGAGGGCAACCUCGAGUCACUCCAGCAAACACUACACUGGGACCACCAGGAGCCGAAGUCCACGGCAAUCCAGCCGGCAUACGAUUUGUCUCAGCGGCGCACUCACUCCAUCGAAACCCCGAAGUAUUCCCCGAACCAGGCCUCUGGCGCCCCGAGCGCUGGCUCGACGAGGAGGGUGGUGUGGAUGGUGGUGGCGAGAAAGCACGAUGGUUUUGGGCGUUCGGUUCUGGCGGAAGAAUGUGUGUCGGAAGCAACCUGGCAGUGUACGAGAUGAAGGGCAUCGUGGCGGCCAUAUGGUCUGAGUUUGAGACGACGAUAGUCGAUGAUGCCGGCAUGGAACAUGUGGAUGGUUAUCUGGCCGAGCCGCGGGGUUCUUCAGAUGGCAAUUUUCUAUGUUUGCGUUGUGGAAAGAUCUGA